UUUUGGGGCCUGCUGUGUUUUCAACGGAGGGAGAGUGGUGAAGAAAAAUGGCGUCUGCAGGCGACCCAGAGCGGGACACCGGCCAUUCAGUUUGAGCUUUCCGCUCACAAAUAGAGACUGGGGGUUGGUGGGGACCUAUCUGGAACCGUCGCCAGAUCUGUUGGCCUUUUCUUCCCCGUUUUUCUCCGGUGUGCGUCGCUCGUUCAAGCAGCGAGAUUGAAGCGGAACAGAAGAUACUCUCUCCCACAAUGAGAGGGAGAAGAGGAAGGCCGCCCAAACAAGCAGCAGUGAUGCGGGAAGGUUCACCCGGGCCAGUCCGUGGCUCUCGAGGCGGCAGGAGUAGAGGGAUGCGUGGACGGGGAAGGGGCAGAGGAAGGGGUCGGGGACGGGGUGCAAGUGGGGGUGUUUGUGGCACUGGCUCUGUGGAGGUAGAUACAGAAAUCUCCGGUCGAGAGAACUUUCAUUCGUCCCGGGGCCGCAGGAAAGUUGGAGCCUCCACCACCGCCGCUACCGCUGCAUCGCGGGGCAGAGGAGGCAGAGGUAGAGGCAGGGGGUCUAGAGGCGGCCGCGGCAGUAGAGGCGGAGUGAGGCGGCCUCAAACCAAGGUGGUCUACGACGACAACAGCGACGAGGAGGAUGAUAAUUUAAGCUACAGAUCAGACGAAGAUGAACUCCUGAACGACAACCCUUCGUCGGAUCUUGAAGAAGAGGAGGCCUUGGGAAACGACUCUGACUAUGUGGAGGAACUACCAGAUGAUGAUGAUGCCAGCUACUGUACCGAGAGUAGUUUUAGAAGCCACAGCACACUCGGGAGCACCCCAGGCCGGAAAAAGACUCGGACACUGCAACCACGGUCACCUAUUCAUGAGGCAAAGGACAUUCCUUCCUUGGAGCUUCCCAAGUCCUCUGAGGACCUCCUUGUUCCUACCUCACAGCUCCUCAACGUGUCUGCCGUCUACGAGGUGCUCCGCAACUUUGGCACAGUUUUACGGCUCUCUCCGUUCCGUUUUGAGGAUUUCUGUGCAGCUUUGGCCAGCCAAGAGCAAUGCACGCUGUUGGCAGAGACCCACGUCUCCUUGCUCAAAGCUAUUCUCAGAGAAGAGGACACUUCUAACACCACAUUUGGUCCCACUGACGUGAAGGACUCCGUUAACUCCACUCUGUAUUUUGUCGAUGGUAUGACUUGGCCGGAGGUGGUGCGGGCGUACUGUGAGAGUGACCCAGAGUACCGGCACAUUUUACCUUUCCAGGAAAAUGAGGAUUACCCUUACGGACCAUUGGAUAGCAAAAUUAAAGUUCUUCAGUUUUUGGUGGACCAGUUCCUGGCAACCAACAUUGCCCGAGAGGAGCUUAUGUCAGAGGGGGUGGUAGCGUACGACGACCACUGCAGGGUGUGCCAUCGCCUUGGUGACCUGCUGUGCUGUGAGACAUGUUCAGCUGUAUACCAUCUGGAGUGUGUCAAGCCGCCACUGCAGGAAGUACCAGAGGACGAGUGGCAGUGCGAGGUGUGUGUGGCACACAAGGUACCCGGUGUGGCGGACAGCAUCCCAGAAGUGCAGAAGAGCAGACCAUUUAUUCGUCAACUACCGAUUGGCUACGACCGACACCACCGUAAAUACUGGUUUUUGAAUCGCCGCGUUAUCGUUGAAGAGGAUGGUGAGCUGGAGGACAAAGCCAUCUGGUACUACAGCACCAAGGUGCAGCUAGCUGAGCUGAUAGAUAGCUUGGAUAAGGAGUAUUGGGAGGCUGACCUGUAUGCAGCCCUUCAGGAAAUAAGGGACGAAGUGCACACGCAUAUGGACAUCACCGAGGACCUAACCAACAAGGCCCGUGGCAGCAACAAAUGUUUCCUCACUGCUGCAAAUGAGGAGAUCCUGGAACGAUUGCGGGCUAAGAAGGAGGAGGAGCUGGAAGAGGUGAAGAGACGGGCUGCUGAGGAGGCCCUGAAAGCGCAGAUGGAGAAGGAGAAAAGAGAGGUGGAUGUGGAGAAGGAAGACGAAGAUGUCAAGUUGAAGGAUGAAGGACAGCAGGAGUCCAAGAUAAAGGAAGCGGCAAAGGAAGAGGGGGAGCAGCGGACAAAAGAAGAAGAAGCUACAAAGAAAAAAGUGGAUGGUGCGAAAGCUGGAGUCGGUGAAGCUCCUCCCACUGGCCAAGAAGGCAAUAGUAGCAUCUCAGAUGGAUCCCUGCUUCCAGCACCCUCUUCUCCAACGCAAACCGUCACUGCAAGCUCUAGUGUGGCCGCCGAGGCUCCGAAGCCUCCGGCCUCGACCGCAGAGGCUCUGACGGAGGCGUGUUCCCAUAUGGAGGUCUCUAACAGCAAUGAAGCAGAAAACCCGCCAUCAAAUUCUGUUCCUGUCAGUGGCGAUGGCAUCCCCAGCCUAAGCCAGCCUCCCCACCCCAUUGAGGAAAACAGUAACAGCAGUACUGGAGCUGGUGUCCCUCCGAGGUGUCCUGAACCCCCAGACUUGGCUGACAAGUCCUCCCAGUCAUCCCUGGCAAGCCUUGAUGAUGCAGGGGACGGUAAAGACUCCACCAACGGUGAGGGGACAGGUCCCGGUGCUAAGAAGUCAUCAGCAACUCGCAUGGUGACCCGGCUGAGAAACCCAGACAGCAAGCUGAGCCAGCUGAAAAACCAACAGGUCGCAGCUGCUGUUCAUGAAGCCAAUAAAGGCUUCAAGGAGGGCAGAGAGGUACUGGUAGUAAACGCACAAGGUGACAUCACUCGCGUCAGCACACGCAGCAGCAAAGAUGUGGUAAUGAAGGGGACCCUCAGCCAAUACUUCAAGCUUGGGCAGGAGGGCAAGUACCGCAUCUACCAUAACCAGUACAGCUCCAACGCCCUGGCCCUCAACAAGCACCAGCACAGAGAGGACCAUGACAAGAGGCGGCAUCUCUCCCACAAAUUCUGCAUGACACCAGCAGGAGAGUUUAAGUGGAACGGGUCCAUUUAUGGCUCCAAGGUUCUGACUAUCUCCACAUUGAGGCUCACUAUCAUUCAGCUGGAGAACAAUGUUCCAGCACCAUUCAUGCACCCGAACUGGGCGUCACACAGGACCAAUUGGAUCAAAGCAGUUCAGAUGUGCAGUAAGGCCAGAGAGUUUGCACUGGCUCUGGCCAUCCUGGAGUGUGCAAUCAAACCUGUGGCCAUGUUGCCCAUCUGGAAGGAUUCACUGGGCCAUACCAGGUUAAAUCGCAUGACAUCCAUGGAGCGUGAGGAGAAAGAAAAAGUAAAGAAAAGGGAGAAGAAGUUGGAGGAUGAGGAGACGUUGCAACAGGCCACCUGGGUCAAAUACACCUUUCCAAUAAAACAUCAGGUGUGGAAGCAGAAAGGAGAGGAGUAUCGCGUUACAGGCUACGGGGGCUGGAGCUGGAUCAGUAAAACUUAUGUGCCACGAUUUGUUCCCAGACUUCCAGGAAACACCAACGCCAACUACCGCAAAGAACUGGAAGAUGCUAAACUUGGCAAGAAGUGUGCUCUGCUGGACUUGAGUCGACGGCCUAGUGUAGUCACACCAGAAGCUCAGGGAGCUGUUGCAACAAGCAGCGAAGCAACAGAAGAAGACUCCUCUGGCUUCCCCAAGCCACUGACAGAUCAACAAACGUCAAAUGAGAAGAGGGAUGAAGAAAAGAAAGAAGAUUUGGAUGAAAAGGAGAAGGCGAAAGAGGAAUUGCCAACGAAGAUGGAAGUGGAUUCAACAGACUCGCCGUCAGAUGAAGUGCAAAGUUCCUGUAUUCAGGAAGAUAAGGAUUCCCUGAAAGAGGAGCCAACAGAAAGCCUUCAGCGACCAUUUAACUACGACGUAGUGGAUGUCAGCAAAGGCUUCCUCACCCGCAUUGCUUACAAGAAGAAGGUCAAGUCCUCCAAACUGGACAGUCUACUUGAACGCAGAGUGAAGCAGCACAUUAUCGAAGAGAGGCAAAGGGAACAGGUGUCAGCCUCCAAACCCCAGGAGCCUAAACAAGUUUCAUCCACACCAACUCCUGCUCUAAGCACUCCGGUCCGGCCACGGUCACCACUCAAGCCCCAAGCUCUCACUCAGACACAUCUCACAUUGGGUGAAGCUGUGAAAGUGGAGGAGAAACCUUCCACAACUGAAACUCCUGGGCAAGGAGAAGUUGGAGGACAAAAAGUAGAAGGGGAGAGUCGGGAUGAGCUCUCUAAAACUACAGAUAAGAUUGUCACUCCUCUUCCUUCUCCUGUUACAGACUCCACACCCAAAGACAGUAGCAGUACAGGUGAAAAUUCAAAUUCACCACAACACCAAACCCCCUCCUCGCCCCAGAAAUUGGUGGAAAAUGAAAGGACUAUGGGGCCAAAGGAAGCUAGUUCAGGGCAAGAGGCUGUUAAACUCCCCAAUGUGCAAGAAACAACAGCUAGUUCUUUAGAGCAACAAGCAGACUGUGUAGCAUCAGAUGUUACGAAGGCUGCGCUUACUGAGAAUGAAGGGUCUGAGGAACCCAAAUUAAAACUGAAUGCUGCAGUGACAUUUAGAAGUGGUCUUGACCAAAAAGACAGUCAAGACACAGCUCCUUUAAAACCGAUUCCCCAAAACACAGAAGUUUUAGGCUCAGUGCAUUUGAGCACAGAGGAAAACGGUAUGGGGCCGGAGGAUAGUCAAGACAAUAUGCAAGAUAUUGGAGAUGGUAGGACUGUAACUGGCACUCCCGAGCCACUUUCUCCUCUCCCUCAGGUAAAUGGUAAUGAUGGUUUUGGGGGUGAAAACAUGCUGGGUAACUCUGUGGUGAGCUCAAAUAAUGGCAUGCUCAACAACAGGCCUCAGCCCAAGGUGAACAGUAUUGGGAAGGAUGAAGAUGAACAACGGCUUGCUGUGUCGCUGAAAGACACCACGCAGCAAAAGCCUCUAGUGAACGGGGAUCUUGCUUCUUUAAACACUAGCACGGAGGUUAGGGUCAAAGAAAAUUGUUUAGCUUCUAAGGUAGAGGCAGAAAGCAAGAUUACAAAUUCUGACCAAGAUUACAAACCUCCACUGAAGAAAACAAAGCUGGAAAAUAACGUAGACACACCCGCAGAGCAUACUCCGAAUGUUCACAACAGCACAUCAUCUUUUGAGUGCACAGAGACCAAACCCAGUCUUGGCGUCAAGAUCAUAAGAAUGGCUCCCUCUCCUAUACCUUCAGCGGAGGAGUCGAGUCUGAGCGACGACUUUGCAGAGGAGAACGGCAGCGGUGGGGCGACAGAACCAGUCAAGACCAUCAUCACACAGGUAACCACAACCUCCACCACCACUACCACCACAGUACUUUCCACUGAGAUGAGGAUAGCCAAGGUGCCGUCGACGACAUCUGGAGAACCGGUGGUGCCUGUAGUGUCGACAACAGAGAGCAGCGCCGUGUCUACCCUCACAACCAUGACCAAAACAACUGUGACCAAAAUCUUCUCCCCGGGGCUCGAUGGCCAGUCUGAAGACAGCCAGAGUGAAAUGGUGACACAAGAGCAGAAAACAACACUUUUAGCUUCUGUGGGCGAGUCAACUACUGACGCCAGCGGUAAAACCUCAGUGUCGUCUGUUACCGUGAGCGAGGAGGACUCGUCAACAAAGGGCCGUGUGCGCCUCCUCAAGUUCUCCCGCACUAAGAAGACCCGCUCGGACACAGCUCUUCCCUCUUACUGCAAGUUUGUCACCAAGAGCAGCCAGAAGAGUAUUUUUGUACUUCCGCACGAUGACUUAAAGAUCCUGGCCAGGCGAGGCGGAUUCCGUGAGGUGCCAGUGUUUAGUUACAAUGCUAAGCCAGCACUGGAUAUCUGGCCGUAUCCUUCGCCCAGGCCUACGUUUGGCAUCACCUGGAGGUAUCGACUGCAGACAGUUAAGUCUAUGGCUGGAGUGAGCCUCAUGCUGAGGCUCCUGUGGGCCUGUCUGAGAUGGGACGACAUGGCCGUGAAACCGUCCGCUGCUGUCGGCACCACGCGUACAGCCCUAUCCCCACUCAUUGCUACAGAGACAUCAGAUACUGAAAUCACCACCACCGAGAUCAUCAAGCGCCGCGAUGUGGGACCAUACGGCAUCCGCUCAGAGUACUGCAUACGCAAAAUCAUCUGCCCCCUUGGAGUGCCAGAAACUCCAAAAGAAACCCACACCCCACAGAGGAAGGGUCUGCGAUCCAGUGCCUUGCGCCCCAAGAAGCCCGAGCCUGCCAAGCAGACUGGCCCAGUGGUGAUUGAGACCUGGGUAGCCGAGGAGGAGCUGGACCUCUGGGAGAUUAGAGCCUUCUCAGAAAGGGUGGAGAAAGAGAAAGCUCAGGCAGCUGAGCAGGCCAAGAAACGUCUUGAGCAGAAACCAGGUUCAGUCACAACCCCAGCAGGAAGUCCUGCAACACCUGCUGCCACACCCAAAGUGAUCGUUGGCUCACUGUCAGGCCAGGGCACCCCCGGCACCAAGGUGGUCCUGUCCACCAAGAUGGGGACCCCUGUCACAUUCCAGCAGAACAAAAACUUCCAGCAGUCGUUUGCUACCUGGGUGAAGCAGGGUCAAAGCACACAAGGAGCGGGCUCAGAGACCACGGUGGCCACAUCUGGUGGGCACACUUUCCAGAUUACGGGAACCUCUGUUGGUGGAAAGGUUGUGACCACCAAGCUGCCACUACCUGCCAACAGCAAGAUCGUCACAGUCAACGUGCCAACUUCGCAAGGAGGUGUGGUUCAGCAGAAAGUGCUGGGAAUCAUCCCAUCCAGCACGGCAGGAGGUGCUCAAACCUACACCACAUUCCAGCCCCGCACUACCACGCUCAACAUCAGGCCCAAUACCGCGGGCUCCCAACAACAGGUUCUGGCAGGUGGCAGUCAGAUCCGUCCAGGAAUGACAAUGAUCCGAACGCCAGUCCAGCAAACAGGACCAAUGGGAAAGACGAUACUUCGAACACCCCUCGUGGUCCAACAAGGUCAGGGUGGACAGCAGGUAGUGACACAGAUCAUUCGUGGGCAGGCAGUUUCCACGGCAAUAUCUGCCGCCAGCCCCGUCGCCACGGUCACUGGCCAGGGAGUGGCCAGUCCCAACACAGCGGGACAGGCAGCAGGCCAGACACCACCCGGCACCCCACGAGCACAGGGGCAAGGCCAGGUCAAACUGACCCUGGCACAGCUCACCCAGCUCACGCAGAAGCAGCAGGCUGGAUCUGGUGUGGAUCGGCAGGCUGGUGCCAGUGGUACUCAGCAGGCUCUCACGGUGAUGGUUCAGGGCCAGGGUCAGACCACCGGCCAGCUGCAGGUCAUACCUCACGGGGUCACUGUCAUUCCAGGACCUGGUCAGCAGCUCAUGCAAGCUGCGCUGCCCAACGGCCAGGUGCAGCGGUUCCUCUUCACACCGCUGGCUUCAGCUGCUACGCCCACGUCAAGCACAGCCACAACAGCAACCAGUCAGCCCAGCUCCACCUCAACCAAAACUCCAGCCCAACCUGCUCAGCAGGCCGCUGCCCCGAUUCAGACAGGGGCAGCCCCUCUGGCCACCGCCAGCACCCCUUCAUCGGCCAGCCCUCAGGGCCAGUUACCCCCACAGACGCAGGCCCAUAUGCCCAUACAGUCUCCUACCUCGCUGCAGGUUAAAACACAGGAAGGAACGACCCAGCUGCAACUGCAGCAGACGUCCCACGUCAUCAGUGUGUCUGGACUUCAGCAGCAGGUGUUGGCCCAGCUGCAGGCCCAGCAGGUUGGAGGCACGCUGCCACAGCAAAUCAAGCUGCAGCUUCCCAUCCAGAUACAACAGAGUGGGACCACCUCAGCUCAGGGAGGACAGAUUGGGAACGUGGUUACCAUCCAGGCCGCGUCUGUCCAAGAGCAACUGCAGAGAAUCCAGCAGCUGAGAGAGCAGCAGCAGCAGAAGAAGAAACAAGCUGCAGAAGCAAAGAGAGAGUUGGCGCUCAACGCAGCCAGCCAGAGCGACAUCAUUCAGAAACAGGUGGUCAUGAAGCAAAACGCUGUGAUCGAGCACCUGAAGCAGAAGAAAACCAUGACGCCUGCAGAGAGAGAAGAGAAUCAGAGGAUGAUCGUGUGCAACCAGGUGAUGAAGUUCAUCCUAGACCGGAUAGACAAAGAUGAGAGGCAGGCAGCCAAGAGGAGGAAGAAGGAAGAGGUUGUGGAGGCCAAGAGGAGGUUAGCCAACGCCAGUAAGCUCUCCUCGCUCCUUUACCGACACAAAGAGAGCCUCAAGAUGGAGAUUCUGAAGAAGCGGGCACUUCUUGACAAGGAGCUGCAGCUAGAAGCCCAGGAGGAGCUAAAGAGGGAUCUGCUGCGGAUGAGGAGGGAGAAGGAAAGGGCUCAAGCUGCAGCCCAACAGGCAGCCCAGGCUGCCGCCGCCGCUGCCACCCACAACCAGCAACAGCAAAAUCUGUCCCACAUCACCUCUCAGCAUCACCUUAGCACGACUGUCAGCACCACACACAAGAGGAAACGGGAAGAGGAGAGGGAGAUGACGACGUCAGCCAAGUCCAAGAAGAAGAAAAUGAUCUCUACGACGAGUACAAAAGAGAGCAAGAAGGACACAAAGCUCUACUGCAUCUGCAAGACGCCCUACGAUGAGACCAAGUUCUACAUUGGCUGCGAUCUGUGUACCAACUGGUAUCACGGAGAAUGUGUGGGCAUCACAGAAAAGGAGGCCAAGAAAAUGGACGACUACAUCUGUGUGGAGUGUAAGCGGGGCCAGGAGAGCAGCACAGAGGAGCUGUACUGCAUCUGUCAGACGCCAUAUGACGAGUCACAGUUUUACAUCGGCUGCGAUCGAUGUCAGAACUGGUACCACGGUCGCUGCGUGGGAAUCCUGCAGAGCGAGGCCAACCACAUCGACGAAUACGUGUGUCCUCAGUGUCAAUCGACAGAGGACGCCAUGACGGUCUUCACACCGCUCACCGACAAGGACUACGAUGGCCUGCGAAGAAUUCUGCGCUCCUUACAGGCACAUAAAAUGGCGUGGCCAUUCCUGGAGCCAGUGGACACGAACGACGCCCCAGACUACUACAGGGUUAUCAAGGAACCAAUGGACCUUUCCACCAUGGAGGAGAGGUUACAGAAACGCGAGUACAUCAAGCUGACGGAGUUUGUAGCAGACAUGACCAAAAUCUUCGACAACUGCCGCUACUACAACCCCAGCGACUCGCCCUUCUACCAGUGUGCCGAGGUUCUGGAGAACUUCUUUGUCCAGAAACUCAAAGGCUUCAAAGCCAGCAGGUCACAUAACAACAAGCUGCAGUCAGCUGCCUCUUAGCUCUGCUUAAAAAAACAAAACAAAAACUAAACAAACCAGGUGUCACACAGACCCGGCUUGUGGUUUCCUCUGACUGAUUAAGAAGCGUGGUCCAAGUCAGGCUGCGUCUGAACCCGACUCCUCUCUGGAGGAACGGCGCCCCCACCUCACACAACACCUCACCUGGCACCUGCAGUGCUGAGAAGAAAGAAGUGAAUUGGAAAAAGGUUCAUUUGUCAUCAAAAAUGUCAGUGUCGUCUUCAUACCAAGGGGCAGGGCAGUUGCAGACUUACUCUCUGGCAGCCUUUUACAUCCCAAUCAGCCAUCCCUGCCAGUGUAGCCCCUCCAUGAGAAGAAAGCCUGCAGAGCGCAGAUGGCGAGGCAGCAGCGCUCGUUGGAUGGUCGGUGGCAGUCUUAUCUUUAAAGCAGCAGCAGACUCUUGGAAGUUCAUUCUGUAGCUGAUGGCUGUUUGUUUGUUUGUUUGUUUGUUUGUUUGUUUGUUUGUUUUGUGUAUCCUAUAUAGCAAAGUGUCACCUUCUGUCCCCCUUUCUUAACUUCAUCCUGUCGCGUUUUCACAAUGCAAACAUCCCGCUCGAUUUUAGCCACUGCUUCAACUGGAAACUGCUGUAAAACCUGCACAGCCGAUGUCGGGAAAUGUUUCAUCUGAAGCUAAAUGUGCAAUUUGGAGUUGACGUCCCUCAUAUUCAAUAAGCGCCACCUUUGUUUUUGCCAGGAAAAAAUAAUAACCCCACAAAGAUAGGUCGGCACUGCAGACCAGCUUCAUUCAGCCAGUCCUGAAGACGCAGCAUCACCUUACAUUAGACCUAGUUAUACUGACCACAUUGUUUUCAGGUUUGUAGUGCUGCAUGAAGCAUGAAUCAGCCUCGUAUAACUCAGUGUGUCUUUCAGGGUCACAUUUCACUGUAUAUUAUCGAAGCAGCCUGCUGAUGCUGAGAUGAGCCCCCUGUAACAGAAGCUCAAUUUUGUACAAAAAAAAAAAAAUUGGACCUCAUGUGAGGGGGGGUCUUCAUUUAGUCUCAGUGCAGCAGUGCUUUCAUGUUGAUUUCCACAGGGAACACCCAAAAUAAGCUGCCCCACCCACAGCAUCCUGCCGUUCUUUUGACCUUUUUUCCAUUUAGUGUUCUUCUAAAAUGCAAGUUUAAAAAAAAGUUAGCUAGUUUUGUGCCUCCUUAAACAUGACUAGUUGAAAGAGGCAAAGGUCCACAUAUGAGGAGAGGGAGGGGGAUUUAUUUUAUUUUUUAAAAGGUCUUCAGGGAAGGUGAAACUUGUACGAGGCUUAACCGACCUACAAGUACUCCACCCUCCUCUCAUCGAACUCCGGUGUCCGUUUCUGUCGGUGGCUGAGUCUGUAAGUCUGUCUCUCCUUAUCUUUCAGCCACUUCUUCCAGCAUAAUUCACUGAAGCUGACAGGUUGGCUCACAUCUGUCUCUCAACUCUGCCUCAAAGCAUGGUUAAGUAAUUGGGUAAUGGACUUUUCCACUCACAAUCAACUCAGUUAUGUUGCGGUCCGCGGCAGCAGGGUAAACUCCGAGUGGAGUGGGGGGGACUGGGGAGUCUUUGUACCGUGGGGUUUGUAUGAAAAUUUUAUAACUGCAUUUUUGGCAUUUCUGGGAGCAUUUUUGUAAUUUGUGAUCAUCCGUUUUGUAGGAGGGGAGCCGUUAAAAGGCAAAGUUGCAGUUGUCUUUUAGUUUAUAUGUUGGAGACUGUUUAUAAUCAGGAAACGUUUCAGUUUUACUCGCAAAGUUUUUACAUUUUCGGGUGUUUUAAUUAGAGUUGAGAGAUAAAGUAGCCUCUGUCAUCUUCUGUGUGUUUGUAUGUCUUUCAUAUGUCUGUCUUUUCAAACAUGGCUCACUUUGUAAUCUGACGAUAAUGUGCUUUAUCCACUGUUUGUAAUCUCUAUUGUAUAUUAUUGCUGUCCAAAUAUGUAGAGAUGAGAGAUUUUUAGAGCAGUAGAAACUUUUAUUUUUCACUAUUUGAACCAGCAACUAAGCCCGCCUGUAUAUUUUAACUGUCUAUUUUUUUCUCUUUAAAGUGAACUCUACAUUUAGGUGAAAUUGCCCUUUAUAUUAAAAGUGCUGCAUAUUGUGAGCAUAAAGGUUUUGAACGGGGUAGAGUGACACAGUAACUCUUGUACAGAGUUUUUCUUUUUUGUAAGAAACCAACCAGUUCAGCAUAACGUCUAUAUUGACAUUGCAUUUCUUGUAUUAUUUAUUCAUAUCAAUGAAAAGUUCUCAGUUUUUUGAGUAAUGUUGGAAAAAAGAAAAAAAAAAAAAACGUAACUGCAGAUAAAAGUACUCUAUGUUUUUAACAGAUUGUGGCAACUCUGAGGAGAUUCUCUUUUGUACUUGAUAGGACAUUUCAUCCUAGAUAAUAAAGUAAUGUUUUUGA